AUGGCACAGGCUAGGACCAACUUUUUCUACGAUCUAGCGCUAUGGAUCUUUAAUAUUAUGCUCGAUGUCUUCUUCAAGGAGAUUCGCCCAAGAGGAUCUCAUAGGAUCCCUCGAGAAGGUCCAGUCAUUUUUGUCGUUGCCCCGCAUGUUAAUCAAUUUGUCGAUCCUCUCAUUCUUAUGCGAGAGUGUGGACGACGGGUAUCUUUUUUGAUAGCAGAGAAAUCAAUGCAUCAAAGAGGCAUAGGCAUGUUCGCUCGCAUGAUUAACGCCAUUCCUGUUAUUCGGCCUCAAGACUUGGCCAAGCCCGGACAAGGCAGAAUUCAGCUUCUCAACACCAAGACGGAUCCAUUACGAAUUACAGGCAUCGACACCAAGUUUACCACAGAAUUACAACCUAAAUUCUCAAUUGUCUUACCCAAAAAUGUUGCACAAAUGGAAGUUGUUCAGGUACUAUCCGACACAGAGAUCCUCAUCAAGAAAGAAGUUAAGGAAGCAAAAGCCCUUGCUCUUCUAACCUCACCAGAGGGCAGUGCGUACAAAUGUAUACCGCACGUCGAACAAGAUUCUGUGUACAAAGUUGUGCAUGAUGAACUAAACAAUAACCAGUGUAUUACCAUCUUCCCUGAAGGAGGUAGUCAUGACCGCGCUGAGAUGCUGCCAUUAAAAGCCGGUGUCACUUUGAUGGCUUUAGGGGCAAUGGCGAAAUACCCUGGACUUGAUGUUAAAAUUGUUCCAUGCGGUUUAAAUUAUUUUCACGCACAUCGUUUCCGCUCUCGAGCAGUCAUUGAGUUUGGAGAUCCAGUUACAAUCAGUGCUGAUAUGGUACAGAAAUUCAAGGAAGGGGGUAACACGAAACGGGAUGUCUGCUCAAAGUUAUUGGAUAUCAUUUAUAAUGCACUUAAAAGCGUUACAGUCAAUGCCAGUAACUACGAAACUUUGAUGAUGAUCCAAGCAGCUCGAAGAUUGUACAAACCUGCUCAUCGAAAGUUGCAUAUUUCACAAGUUGUGGACCUUAAUCGUCGAUUCGUAAUCGGCUAUAAUAUUUAUAAGGAUGACCCUAAAGUGAUCGAGCUGCAGCAUAAAGUUCUUGCGUAUAACCAACUUAUCAAGUAUCAUGGCUUAAAAGAUCACCAAGUACCAAAAACCAAUUUAAGAAGACGGGAAACCUUUGCCCUGCUGUCGUAUCGACUCAUGAUAUUGUCGGUAUGGGGCAUUUUAGCCUUCCCAGGUGCUAUUCUCAACCUUCCAAUCGCAAUUGUAGCAAAGUACAUCAGUACGCGGAAGGCAAAAGAGGCAUUGGCUGGAUCAACUGUCAAGUUAGCAGGGCGGGAUGUCUUAGCAACAUGGAAGCUUCUCGUCGGUCUGGUGCUCAUUCCGACUCUGUAUGGGUUAUACAGCUUCGUCGCAUUCAUAUUUUUGAUGCGAACGGAAUGGAACUGGAAAUACAAGGUGUUUAUACCUUUGACCAUAUGGAAUACCUUACCCUUUAUAAGCUAUGCUAGCAUGCGAUUUGCGGAGAACGGCGUUGAGGUGUACAGGUCUAUUCGUCCGUUAUACGUACGGCUCGUGGAUCGUGAUAGCGCUGAAGGCUUGCGACAGAAUCGUGAACGCUUAUCAACCGAUAUCACGGAUCUCAUUAAUGAAUAUGCUCCUAAAGUUUUCAAUGAUUUUGAUCGUAAGUGA